AUGAAGCUCACCACCCUAGUUUCUGCCUCGGCGGCAGCAGUAGGGCUGCUGGCAGACCCGGUCGUUGGCAGAGCAGUCCUGUAUUCCCGGGGCAUCACGAUCCGCAGAAAUGAGGCAAGCAAUGCCACGGCUGGCAACACACUCAUUCCCGUCGUCGUGGGCGGCCCGCAGGAUCUCUUCGUGCCGAAUCUCGUCCGCGCCAAUGUCGGCGACGUUGUGCAGUUCCAGUUCAGCAACGGGAACCACACGGUGACGCAGAGCGCCGAGGCCAAAGGGUGCGAGCCCUUGCAGGCGACGGAUCCCAAUGCCAUACACAGCGGCCACAUCCCGUUCCAGGCGGGCCAGGUGGACGUGGGCACCUUCAGCAUGGUCGUGCAGUCCACCGAACCCAUCUUUUUAUACUGCGCGACGGGCCCUCACUGCCAGACCGGCCAAGUCAUGGUCAUAAACCCUACCAAUAACAUUCAGCUUGCAAACUACGCCAAAGUGUCCCAGUCGACCACGGAGAGUGUUGACGGAGCGCAUGUUUCAGGCGGCAUCGUUGGCAAGAUUACGCUUGACAAAGCUGCCUUUGUCCCAGCACCACCGGAGGAGGGGGAAGCACCACCGGCAGGGGAAGCACCACCGGCAGAGGCAGCGCCAGCGAAGGAAGGUGAAGCACCGGCAAAGGAAGGGGAAACUCCGAAGGAAGAGGCACCGAAGGAAGAGGCACCGAAGGAAGAGCCAGCAAAGGAAGAGGCACCGAAGGAAGAGCCAGCAAAGGAAGAGGCACCGAAGGAAGAAGCAGCACCGAAGGAAGAAGCAGCACCGAAGGAAGAAGCAGCACCGAAGGGAGAAGCAGCACCGAAGGAAGAAGAAGCACCGCCAAAGGAAGAGGAAGCGUGA